AACAGCCAGGAGUUGGAAGAGCUAUGUAUGCACAUAUAUUAUGUGUCUUUUCGUGUGCUCUCGUGCAUUCUGAGGGAUACGAAAAUUUGGCAUAUCUAAAACCUACAUGGCAAAGCUCAACUCAUGACUCUGCAUACAGUGAUUCUACAAACGCUGUUGAUGGUUUGAAAACAGAUUUCUCUUACAUAGGGAAACAAUGCAGUGUUUCUAGGGAUGGGGAAAGCACUGCCACGUGGUGGGUGAACCUAGAAGGAAUCCGAGGCAUAAAUUCCAUCGCCAUUUAUUACAGGACAGACAACUUUGCGUGGAAUUCUGGAAAUGGGUACACAGCUAGAUUUCUAGGAUUUUACGUGUAUAUUUCAAAUACAACGAACCGACUUGAUGGUUAUUUAUGUUUUCACGAUACAACCUACACCAGGGCCACUAUACCCGCCGUCGCUAACAUAAGCUGUCCUACACACGGACAAUACGUCAUCUACUAUAACGAGAGACUUCAAGGCUUUAACUAUCCAUCUGGAUAUUCCCAGUAUGCAUUUACUGAGCUUUGUGAAGUCGAGGUAUUUGGUUGCUCCGAUCCUACACGAUAUGGUUCAGAUUGUUCUCACCAAUGUUCUUCACACUGCCUCCAGUAUUGUCACAUAGAGUCAGGACAAUGUCCUCAAUGUGGGCCUGGAUACAAAGGAAAUAGAUGUGAACAAG